AUGUCGACUGAACCAAGCACGCAAGAGAAUGGGUCUACACCAGUAAUAGACAACCAUCAAUCUAAUAGUGAGCAACAGCCAGAACAACAACAACAACAACAACAACCGGAAACUGAACCCACAGAAGAACAGAAACCUAACGUGGUCGAUAUUGAGCAAUUACAAAAGGAUUUUCAAGAAAAAUCACGCAAAUAUCUCGCUGAACAAGCUCAACAUGUAAUCAUCCCAUCCUUUGCCAAAUGGUUUAAUCUCAAUGAGAUUCACCCAUUGGAAAAGAAAUCUUUCCCUGAUUUCUUUAGUCAAGACUCGAUAUACAAGACGCCACAAUCGUAUAAAUAUAUUCGAGAUUUUUUGAUAAACACGUUCCGAUUAAACCCCAAGGAGUAUUUGACUAUAACUGCCGUUCGAAGAAACUUGGCAGGGGAUGUCACCAACAUUAUUCGAAUCCAUCAAUUUUUGGAAAAAUGGGGGUUGAUUAAUUAUCAGAUAGAUCCAAAGACUAAAGCAACUGCAUUGGGACCACAAUAUACGGGACAUUUCCAAAUCACUUUGGAUGCGCCUGAAGGGUUGAUUCCAUUUGUGCUGGAGGAUGCCAAGUUGAUUAAAGAGAAGGCAGGAAGCAUCACAGAUGGAGGAGCUAGUCAAGAGACAUCUGUGCAUCCUACUAUCAAGAAAGAAGAAACCAGCGUUGGUAAUGCAUUGCCAUUGAAUAUGGAAAUCAGAAGAAAUGUCUAUUCAACAGGCGAAUCUAAAUUCGAUUUCAAGCCUCAGCAUAAAGUCUCCUAUGCAUGUAGUAUUUGUGGUAAAGAUGCCACAGAAGUCAGAUACCACAACUUGAAACUCAAAUCAUAUUCAUAUAACCCCAACUCCACUAUAAAUAACGCAAGUAUAUUAUGUUCAAUAUGUUAUGACCAAGGAUUAUUCCCGCUGAAUUUCACAUCAUCCGAUUUCGUUCAAUUUAAGGAAUUAACGGAGCGUGAAACAUGGUCCGAGCAGGAAAUUUUAUUAUUAUUAGAGGGAAUUGAAAUGUUUGGUACUUUUGAAUCAACAAGUAAUUUAAUUGCUGGAUCAAACAUUAAUGUCAAUGCUCAAAACCAAUGGUCGAAGAUUGCAGAACAUGUAGCUACAAAGACCAAAGAAGAGUGUUUGACAAAAUUUUUGCAAUUGCCAAUUGAAGAUAAAUUUUUGCAUAAAUUAAUCGGUGAACAGAAACAGCAGCCAGGUCUGCAAGUGUCCCAAAUUGGCAAUGGGCACCACAGCUCUCAAUUGGAUAAAUCAAAUUUAGUUGAAGAAGUGGUUGCAAAACUAAUUCAGUCGAAUGAAGGUCAGGAGGUGCUUACCCAAAAUUCAAGUGAGGCCAAACAACAAGCCAUUACCCAACAACAAGAUUUAAUCAAUCAAAUAACUGACCUUACUGUGGAAAAGGUUAAUUUGAAAUUAGCCAAAAUUGAUCAAUUGCAAACACAAUUGAUUUCCACGACUAAUCAAUUGCAGUUGGAACGUAAACAGGUACAAUUGACAAGAUGGGCCCAAUUGGAUAAAAUCGCCAAGUUGAAACAAAGCCAACCUGAAUUGGGUGACAUCUUGUCCGAUUUGAUGAAGCCAGUUACGAUUAGCGAGAUUAACUCUAGCUCCAGUGUGAAUGGAGCUGGUGAUGGAGAUCAGAAGGAGAACAAUGCGAUGGAUGUGGAUGUAGCUGAUGAUACACAUGGCAUUCACAAGAGUAGUGGUAAUGAUGAUGAUUUUGGCCCAAUUAGUGUUUCAAAACCAAAAGAAUACCAAUUCUGGUCCGGUUAG